UUGGGUUGAGUUCAUGAUAAUGGCGGGACUCAGCUCUCCAAAUAUGGACAAAUCUCUUCUCAAUCUGCUUCUCAUUUUGUCCAUGGCUUUGGGAUUCUUGGCAGCAAAUGCACAGGACAAGAAGAAUUACAUAGUAUACAUGGGGGACCUUCCGGAUUCUAAUUUUAACACCAUGUCUGCAUCGAUGAUGCAACACAAUGCCUUAGCCGAUGUCACAGGAAGCCUUGCAGUCGCUGAGCAAUCGAUGGUGCGCAGCUAUAGCAACAGUUUCAAUGCUUUUGUAGCGAAGCUUACACCUGAUGAGGCCAAGAAACUCUCAUCAAAGGAGGGAGUCCUCUCUGUUUUUCCAAGUGGAUAUCGUCAGCUUCACACGACGAGGUCGUGGGAUUUUAUUGGCUUCUCUCAAAGUGCAAACAGAAACCUUAAAUCUGAGAGCCAAAUUAUAGUUGGUGUUUUAGACACAGGUAUUACCCCGGAUUCCGAGAGCUUCAGUGACAAAGGAUUCAGUCCCCCACCUACAAAGUGGAAAGGAUCAUGUGGCCCUUUUGCCAACUUUAGUUGCAAUAACAAGCUGAUUGGUGCAAAGUACUUUCGAGCUCAGGGUGAAGCACUCGACCCCUCAGAGAUCGAAUCACCGAUAGACGUGGUUGGCCAUGGCACGCACACUGCUUCAACUGUGGCGGGCAACUCUGUGGAGGGUGCUAACCUCUAUGGCCUUGCUGAGGGAACCGCCCGGGGUGGCGUGCCCUCUGCAAGGAUCGCAGCUUACAAAAUAUGCUGGAACAACGCCGGUUGCUCUGAUAUGGACAUACUUGCGGGAUUUGAUGCAGCUAUUGGUGAUGGUGUCGACAUCAUAUCUCUCUCAGUUGGUGGUCCUUCCACCAGCUAUCUGACUGAUGUCAUAGCAAUAGGCUCUUUCCAUGCCAUGAAGAAGGGUAUACUCACAGCUUGCUCCGCUGGUAAUGACGGGCCUAUGCCUGAGACAGUGGAGAACUAUGCCCCAUGGAUCUUCACUAUCGCAGCAUCAAGCAUUGAUAGACAGUUCAGAAGCAAACUGAUGCUUGGUGAUGGUCAGGAGUUCUCUGGUUUGGCAUUGAACACCUUUCCUUCCAUGAAGAGUUUCUAUCCUCUAAUCACUGGUUCAUCGGCUACCGACCCGUCUGCAUCAGACAAUAUCCAAUUUUCAAAAAAUUGUAUUUUGGGCUCCCUGCUACCUAAGAAGAUCAAGGGCAAGAUUGUGUUCUGUGAAUCUUCAAGUGAUGCCACAAUUAAGGCAUUAGCGGGCGUUGGCACUAUCGUGAGCGCCGAUGAUUCUCUCGACGUGGCGCUCAUGUUUGCAGAUCCCGGAACCACUGUCAAUCAUAGCCACAGUGAUUUGAUCCUGAAGUAUAUCAAUUCCACCAAGGCUCCCAAGGCACAGCUAUUGAAAUCAGACACUUUGAGAAUGGAUGAUGCGCCUUUUAUAGCAUCUUUCUCAUCUCGUGGGCCUAAGCCUGUGUCACCAAGAAUCCUCAAGCCUGACAUUGCAGCCCCUGGACUUGACAUACUAGCAGCAUACUCCCCACUUGCCCCAGUCGAUAGAGAUUCUCCUGAUGGUCGUGUGGCAAAGUUCAUUAUAUUUUCAGGAACAUCCAUGGCCUGCCCUCACGCCGCCGGUGCUGCAGCUUAUGUUAAGUCAUUUCGCCCGACUUGGUCUCCUGCUGCCAUCAAGUCUGCAAUCAUGACCACAGCCACACCAAUGAACGCUAGCAAGAGCCAUGACGCCGAGUUUGCCUAUGGUGCCGGCCAAAUCAACCCAACAAAAGCCUUGAACCCAGGGCUCAUAUAUGAUCUUGACAAAAUGGCUUACCUCCAAUUCCUGUGUCAAGAGGGCUAUGAUGGAUCAAUGCUAUCCAUCAUUGCAGGCGACAACGGCGAGAAGCUCCCACCUUGUUCCAAGAUGCACAAACCAAAGGGAGGCGACGGCCUGAACUAUCCAUCAAUGCAACUAACUCUAAACAACACGAAUCCCUUUUCAACUGUUUUCCGUCGAAGGGUAACCAAUGUUGAUAGCAAGGGAUCUGUCUACACUGCUAGUGUACAUGCACCAGCUGGUUUAGCUAUAGUGGUGAAACCAAACAAACUUGUCUUCACUAAAUCACUUGAAAAGAAGUCCUUCAAGGUCGUGGUAAGGGGAAAUUUACCAGUGAAUAUAACCAUGCUCUCUGCUUCACUUGUUUGGAGUGACACUGUACAUAGUGUAAGGAGCCCAAUUGUUGUUCAUCUGGCUUAGGCAUGUAUAUAUAUGUCUUAUGUUUAUUUUUUAUUCAAUUCCAAUGGUUUUCAGUGAGACAGGUCAUGGGUUUGAGCUUCUCUCUACCAAAUCAAGGUGAUUUGUUCCCCAAGAAAAAGAAAAAUAAUAAUUCAAUGUUCCUUUCUACCUAUUGAGCAGAGGAAAUCUUUUAUCUU